AUGCCACCAAGUGCAUCUGCAAGAGAUUGCGACGCAGCCAGCGAUGUUUCUUCCUGGGUUUGCGUGCCAAACAGUGGUUUCAGCGUCUUCGUGGCCGGGACUAUGCUCAAGGCCAAGGUCGGGCAGGCAUUUGAAUACCUGCAGGCCAAGGACCUGCGGAAAGGUGCCCAGAUAGUGGCCUCAGAUGAUCAGACACUUUUGGAGGUCCUCGAUGGCCCAGAGGUGCAGAGCUCCGAUGAGAUCGUAGAGUUGUGGACAGGGGAUCGGCUGCUUCGCGUAGACCGCCAACAGCAGUUCCUGGUGGCAACCGAUGAGGAGGCUGCCGCAACGUCACAAGCGAGUCCAGCUGAAAAGCUGCAUCCAGGUGAUUGGAUCAAAGUCAAUGGCCGCUUCACACGCCUGGUCGGCGUGGACAUCAGGGCUCCGGCAGAGAAGGUACCUGCGGUCAGGCUUGACCUGAGCCCAAGCCUUCCAGCAGCUACCUUCUCCCUCGCCUUGAGUGAGAAAGAUCCCUUUGUCGCCACGGUUUGA